AUGAAUAACACAAAAUUAGAAUUAGUUUCAGAGGAUUCCGAAGACUUGAAACUUCAAAAACCAGUAAUUAUAAUAGUAGCAGCGUCUACAAAAGAAAAAGGUAUUGGGAAGGGAAAUAAUCUUCCAUGGUCCAUAAAGGAAGACUUAAAGUUUUUCCGUGAAAUUACUUGUAGUACAAUUGAACAGAGUCAAGAUGAUAAGGAAAAUACUAAGAUAGAAAAAGUUAAUGCAAUAAUUUUAGGACGUAAAACAUGGGAUUCAAUGAAAAGAAUACCCCUAAAAAAUCGUAAAGUAAUUGUUUUAUCAAGGACAUUACAAAGAUGUGAUAAUAAAAAUGAUUCGGGUGUAUCUAUUGUAAAAUCAUUAGAUGAAGCAAUUAAUUUAUGUAAUAAUGAUAUAUCAAUUCACAAGAUCGUAAUAUGUGGUGGGGAAUCUAUAUAUCGUGAAUGUAUUGAAAAAAAUAUUGUUGAAACAAUCUAUUUAACAAGAGUAUCUACUUCAAAAAAAGAAUUUGAUACAUAUUUUCCAAAUAUUCCAGAGAGUUUCGUGCCAAUUUUAAUGUCUCAAACAUUCUGUUGUAAUGAUAUUUCAUAUGAUUUUAUGAUAUAUGAGAACGAAAUUCUUAAACCAAUAAAAAGAAAUAUAAGAAACACAUCAUGUGAAUCUGAAGUAAUUAUACCUUUUGAAAAUGUUCUAGAUAAGAUAUUUGGAGAAAGAAAAAUUAGUUUAAGGAAUAAAGUCCCAAAAGAUGACAUUAUUUCAUAUCCUUCUAUAAUAAUUCGAGAUCAUCCUGAAUUUCAAUAUUUGGAUAUGUUAUCGAAUGUAUUACAAAAUGGACACUAUAGAGAAAAUAGAACUGGUAUUAAUACAUAUUCAAUAUUUGGAGCAUCAAUGCGAUUCGAUUUACGUGAAUCAUUUCCCUUAUUAACUACUAAAAAUGUGGCAUUGAGAAUAAUUUUUGAGGAAUUAAUGUGGUUUAUAAAAGGUGAUACAAAUGGUAAUCACUUGUUAGAUAAAAAAGUAUUUAUUUGGGCUGGUAAUGGAUCAAAAGAGUAUUUGAAUAAAGUUGGUUUAGGCUAUCGAGAAGAGAAUGACUUGGGUCCAAUAUAUGGUUUUCAAUGGAGACAUUUUAAUGCAGAAUAUAAAACAAUGCAUGAUAAUUAUAAUGGGCAAGGAGUAGAUCAAUUAGCAAAUUUAAUUGAAUCACUUAAGAAAAAUCCUUAUGAUAGAAGGCAUAUCUUAUCUGCAUGGAAUCCAUCUGCAGUGAAAUAUAUGGCAUUACCACCUUGUCAUAUAUUAUCUCAAUUUUAUGUUGAUAAUAAUAAUAGAUUAAGUUGCUCAUUAUAUCAGAGAAGUUGUGACUUAGGUUUAGGAUGUCCAUUUAAUAUUGCAUCUUAUUCAUUAUUAUGUGUUAUGAUUGCUCAUAUAUGUGGAUAUGAACCUGGAGAAUUUAUACAUUUUAUUGGUGAUGUUCAUAUUUAUGAAAAUCAUGUUGAGCAAUUAAAACAGCAAAUAAAACGUCUACCUAGACCAUUUCCACAAUUAAGAUUGAAACGUAAAGUAGAUAAAGUGGAAGAUUUUAUAUGGGAAGAUAUUGAAAUCAUUGGUUAUUAUCCUCAUCCAACCAUUAGAAUGGAAAUGGCAGUCUAA